AAGAUGCGAGAAAAAGAUCAUUCGCCCCGAAAAAUGCUCCCGAGUCCGAAGCAGGGGGCCGUUUAUCCCUUGCUCGGCAGCAAUUUAUCAUUUUCAUCGCAAAUUCCAUACGAUUUAUCUCUUGCAAGUCGUUCCUCAUCAUCAAAUCUAUUGCUACAGCAGAAUGAAUCGCAACAUGAUCAGCCACUUGACCUACGGGUUGAUCACAAGAAGAUUGCAUUCCAUUGCGCCACUAAUCGGGUUGAAGAUGAAAAUAGCAAUGUCAUCAUUAUGGAUCACCGAUCCAUGAGUCCCAUCAGCAACAACAAUAACAAUGAGGACAAUUGCAAAACGAGCAACAGCAUCGGCACUUUUACCAGCAAAGAGGAGCUGCGGAUACCCAGCCUGCCGUGUCCCUCGCCGGCGGCGCUCUUCCCUUCGCCCACCACCCUCCACCCGCUCAUGCUGGAGGCCAUGGCGAAGGCGGCGCGCAUCCCGCUGCACUACCGCAGCCCCUUCGUCUCGCCCCGCGCGCCGGCGCCCUUCGACUUGCUGCGCCCCAAGCCCGAGCUCCUGUCCAGCCUGCCACAGCUCAUGUCGCCCACGGCGGCGCAGCCCAGCAACGGCGACAGCGCGGCCGCGCUGGGCAACUCCCUGCCGCACCCCGGCAAGAACAAGGACCGCUACGCCUGCAAGUUCUGCGGCAAGGUCUUCCCGCGAUCCGCCAACCUCACGCGCCACCUGCGCACGCACACCGGCGAGCAGCCGUACAAGUGCAAGUACUGCGAGCGGUCGUUCAGCAUAUCCAGCAAUCUGCAGCGGCACGUCCGCAACAUCCACAACAAGGAGCGGCCCUUCAAGUGCGCCCUCUGCGAGCGGUGCUUCGGCCAGCAGACCAACCUGGACCGCCACCUUAAGAAGCACGAGGCGGACGCCGUGUCGCUGGGCCUGGGCUUCGACGAGCGCCUCCGCAACGCGCGGCGCUCCACGCGCGGCCUCACGGACGACUCGUACUUCGAGGAGAUUCGCUCCUUCAUGGGCAAAGUCACGCAGCUGCCGCUGUCGCUGCGUACCGCCACCCACCCACCAGACGCCCACUCGUCGCGGAGCUCCUCGUCGUCCGAGCCCGUGUCGCCCAAGUCCAUGCACGACGACACCGAGCAGAACAACAACUCCACCACGAGUAGCAACAACAAUCACAUCAGUGACGAUCACGUGCAAGUUACCUGA